CAUCCUUCGACGUCGUCCUCAGCGGCAACGCCUCCUACUUCAACAGGGGCGGCUCCGUGAGCAUCGUGGGGGGCAGCUUCGGAGGCCUCCCGGUGGUGUGCUACGAGGACUACGGGAACCCGUCGGCGGGCAGCCUCACGUGCAGGCGGCUCGAGUCCGUGUCGUCGGCGGACGCGUCCGAGGGCGCCAGCGUCGUGGUUAUUGACGUCCCCCGACCGUCCACGUCCUUCGCGGAGCUCGACUCGACCGCCGGCGUGGUGUGCUACGCCCCCUUUGGCAGGAGAACGACGGGAGGCCCACCUGCAACGUGA